AUGCACCAAUUGACACUCAUCGUCGCCGCCAUCACCGCCACCAUCUUGGCCUCUCCUCAAAGACGCAGUGACUUGUGGUCCGACGGCGGCAAUCAUAUUCAGACUCUCGGUGAUGCUGCUGCUGCCCAGUGCGGCAAUCACCAACAGAUCUCCUGCUGCAGCAAGGGCAACUUAGCCGGCACAUUGCUGGAUGGUCUUUUAGGCGGAAAUUGCUCCCCCAUUGACCUCAGUGUUAUAGGUAAGCAAGUGGGCGACAAGUCAACUUGGGCCGUUGGACUUACACAGGCGCAGCUGUCGAUGUGCCAAUUACUACGGCCUGCAGCAAUCAGGUCGCCUGCUGCACCGGAGACCAAAAUGUAG